AUGUCAAUGGAAUCAAAUUCGGUUUUAGUUUCUUCCACCUCGGCGAAACAUCCUCUUUCAUCAGGUGACUCUUCGCCAAUUGAUAAUAAGAAAUUAAAAAACGAAGAAUUGGAUCAAGCUCGAUCUACACUUUUCGAUCUCUUCCAACGAGACCCAUCUCUUUUGAGUCAAAUCGCUGCUAUGGCUAAGACAGCAGAAGACAAUAAUCAAGCAUUGCAAGUAGAACAGGUGGUUAAUGUAGUACAAAAUGAUUUUGCUUUGGCCAUUUCUAAACUGAAUGAACGAGUUGAUGUUGUCGAGACCAAGAUUAAAUCUCAUGAUUCGGAUAUUGAAGAAGCACAACGAUAUAGUCGUUCUUUUUGCCUUCGCGUGUAUGGUGUCCGACUUAUUCAAAACGAAAAUAAUAUUACUUUACGUGAUUGGCUAUAUGACUUUUUCGAAAAUACCCUUGGUGUUCAGUUAGAAAAUAAUAUUGAAUAUUGUCAUCGCUCUCGUUCUUCGUUAAAUCAAGCAACAUCAUCUGCUUCAACUCGAUCGCCGGCUAUUGUUGUGCGAUUUAUUUCUCGAUUUGAUCGUCAUGCAGUUGUUUCAUCUCUUGGUCAUUUAAAGAAACAAAACACUGGCAUAACUAUUACUAAAGAUUUGACUCCUGAAACUCUUAAACUAUUUCAUGAAACUCGAAAUAAAUUGAAUGGUGAAGAAAAAAAAACGUGUCACUACUCGAAACAAGAUGAAAGUAGUAAACAUAAUGGACCAGCAAAAGUCGAUGAUGAUGAAACAAAAGAAAAUAAACUACAAAAAGUUGGAAAGAAAUCAAGUGAACUUCUAAUGCUGGAAAAAGAUUUGUUGAAUUAUCCACUGGAAAAGAGAAAUCGUUAG